UACCCACACGCGGUAAACCGAUAAGUAGCCAUGUAGCAUCUUCAGAAAUUGUACUGUUGACCUGAGGAGAAAGCCCAACUACAAAAUCUUGGUCUUCCCCAGUGAUCAUCUUCAGCCGCUGCGGCGUCGUCAAGAACAUCUCGAUGAAGAAUUUUAGGGUUCUCUUCCUCGCUCUCCUCCUCCUCGCCUCACCUCUCUUCCAAGUGGCUUGGUGUCAGUCGGAUUCAGAGGAAGCUGUGGAGACUGUUGAAGGGGGUGAUCUUGGGAUUGUUGGUGAAGAUGCCCCAGAAUCUGUUGAUAGCAGUUUUGGCCCAGCUCCAGGAGUUGACACCAUUUGCAUUUUCCCUAAGAAUAGCGCACGAUUGGUGACGGCUGGAGAAGAGACAGAACUUCUUGUUGGGAUGAAAAAUGAUGUGGAGUCAGCCAUCAAUGUGAUUGCCAUUCAGGCUAGUAUUCAUCUGCCUUUUGAUCAUAAACUGCUGGUUCAGAAUCUGACUUCACAGGCCUUCAAUAAUGCAUCUGUCCCAGCUUCAGCUCAGGCUACUUUCCCAUACAUUUUUGCUGUCAGCAAGUACUUGCAGCCUGGAACUUUUGAUCUUGUGGGCUCCAUCUUUUAUGAGAUAGACCAGCAUCCAUAUGCCACUACCUUCUAUAAUGGUACCAUUGAAGUCGUGGAGUCUGGUGGUUUCGUCAGUGUUGAAUCCGUGUUUCUUUUCAGCCUUGCGGCUGCACUUCUUGUCUUUGCUGGUUUAUGGAUCCAGGGUCAAGUAAAACAAUUAUCCAAGAAAACCAAGAAAGUUCCAAAGGUGGAAGUUGGAACAAGAGCUACGGAUGCCUCAAUGGAUGAAUGGCUUCAGGGAACUGCUUAUACUCGGUCGCAAUCCAGCAAAACAAAGAAGAAGAAGUAGACAAAGGACGUUGUCAAGUUCAGCUGCAUGAGGCACUCUGGAGAAGUGUGGACUCUUGUAACUCACACUAGGCACUUUGAAAGUUUAAGAGUUUAUAGGUUCAAGUAAUUUUGGAAAUUUAGGCCAGAAUAGACUUGCCUUGCUGUUGUAGCAUGUGUUAGAAAAUUUUAGAUAUUUAUUUUCUUGGAGAUGCUAAAAAGUAGAGUCUUUUUGAAGGGAGACUAACUCUAAUUUGAGUAGGGAGAACACAGUUUUCUUGCAUUUGAAGAAUCUGUUUUAGAUCACAUGCUUUUUUAUUUUCACUUUUUCACUUGCACGGAUGAAUUUGCAUCUUUUUGUUUCUUAUUUAUUUGAAUAAGGCAUCUCUUUUUACUAUC